CAUCAAUUACCAAACCAACUCUGUUUCUGCUUUAUCUUUCUUCUCUGCUGCUUUCAAAAUAAAAAAAAGCUUCGACAGAGACAACAAUGGCGUUUUCAUCGAAGGAAACGAUAAUACAAGCCAAAGAAGAUUUGAAAAUACUUGAAACCCUUCACCCGGAUCGUUUUGAAUAUCUAAAGCUCGAGCUAAAGUCAUUUAUCUCAUUUCUUGAAUCUCAAUGUUCAUCUGACAACUCCAUCGCCUCCUUUGAUCAGCUUGUUUCAACACAAGCAUCAACUUAUUGUGAGAAGAAUGAUAUUGUAAAGGAUCACCAAGAAAUGGAGGAAGAAAGAGAUGAGUUUGAAGAAGUGAAGAAGAAGAAGAAAGAUAGAGUUGAGUUGGUUUUAGAGAAAGCAGAGUGUUGUCUCCGCAAAAUUCAAGAAUUUAAAGCUACCCUUUGUUGAUAUUGUCAAGUGUUGGAUUAAGAGGUGAGGAGUAGGGAAAUUCAAUCAAAUGUUAAAAGAGAAGAAAAAUAGAUGAUGUAUAUUAAUUUUUUAAUAUUUAAUUUGAUAAUUAAUGUCAAUUUAACAUAUUAUUAUCCCGCACAACGCACUUUUUAUUUUU